AUGAUACAGGCAAGCUGGCUACCCCUGUCAUCUCUCGAGAUCACGAGCAGAACAUCGGCCGAGUUGCAACUUCCCUGUCGGAAUGAUCAAUGGCAGUAUCUCUAUUCGUCCCCAUUAGAUACGCAACUAUGUUCCCGUUCCUUCCAAGGCUUCAUCGGUACCUCAUCUACCGCGGGAAAUACGGAGAGGCAGAGAGAGUGCUCAAGAGACUCUCAAUCCGCCCAUAAACCAUCCCACAAGAAGUGCAACUUCUCAAAGCUCAAAUCGGUCGUCGCCGUUCUACCUGUACCAUUCGAAGACGGAAGCAUGUGGUUUGACAACCCGAUAACCACUCAGAACGUCAAGGAAGCAAAGGCCUUGGUAACAACUGAGGGGGGAAGCCCCUAUCUCUAUUUCAAUCCGGCUUCGCCAUGUUACUGGACUACUGAUGCCAUCCUCAGCUACGCAUCACGGGACAUACUGCACCUUUGGACUUAUGUGUACGGCUCCACCCUCGACACUCACCCCAGCAACCACGGCCAGUUGCAGCCUCUGAGUGUUCCCACAGGCCAUCAGCCUGCAAAAAGGCGAAGAUUUGAAACACAUCUCAGCAAAGCCCAAAAGCGACUGAAGCAAAAACAAAGCACUCGCCAUUCGGCCACAAUUCCCGGAACAUAG